GCAAGCCUUUUCAAAUCCUUUUUGAGGAAACAGCCUUCUUUAGCUGUUAGAAAUCGAAGCUGCUUCCUUUGCCAAUUGCCACAGCAAUUUCAAUUUAACAGCAAGAACGACCAUCGUGGACAAAUGACCAGAGUAAUUUCCACAGUGACAGCGCUUUUAUUCUUCUUCAUGAAUUCCAAAGCAUUUGAUGUCAAGGAGAUUGUGCCGGGCGGUGAGGUUACUGCAGAGAUAGGCAGCAAGCUGGUGCUAAACUGCAACACAACUGGCUGUGAAUCCCCAACUUUCCUUUGGAGAACCCAGUUGGACUCCCCAUUAGGAGGGACUGUAAGCAAUCAAGGGAGCCGUUCAGUCUUGACGAUGGAUCCUGUGAGCUUUGCCAAUGAGCAUGAUUAUCUCUGCAAUGCUGCUUGUGGGGGCAAUAAUAAACAAAGGACAGUCAGCAUUCGCGUUUUCUCACUUCCCAGUGAUCCCGUUAUUGAUAUCAGCAACCCACUUGUUCUUGGGAAACAAGCUAGCAUCACCUGUAGAAUUCUGGGUGUCUACCCUGCUGCUGAACUGGAGGUGUAUCUAAAGAAAGGAGAGGAUCUCAUGCCUGUGGGAGACCGAUUUGAAGAUCCUACUACCAGAUUUUUGGAAACAAUAAGUGUGACAACUACUUUUACUCCCACUGAGACGGAUAUUGGGGGAAAGAUCACUUGUGUGGCUAGGAUGUCAAUUGAGGAGAUGGAAGUCAAGGAAAGGCAGGCAAUGCACAUACUUAAUGUGAAUUAUGGUCCACAGAAAACUCAUAUCACAGCAUCUCCGGGUACCACCUUAUUGGAAGAUGGCACAUUAAUGCUUCACUGCGUGACUGAAAGUAACCCACCAGCAAGGAUUGUAUGGAAGAAACAGCUGGCUAAUGAAACUCUGCAAAGCAUUGUAAAAAACCACACGUUGUCAAUUCCAAAUGCUCAGCUUGAUGACUCUGGCAUAUAUAUCUGUGAAGUCACAAAUGAAGUAACCAACAAAACUGAGAACAGAACAGUGACUGUUUCUGUACAAGGUGCCCCCAGGAGGCCAGAAUUUUCUGUACUUCCUUCUGCAACAGUGUAUGAAGGGGAAAGGGUUACGCUGAUGUGCUCCGUGGAGAGCAGCCCUGCUGCCCAGAUUGUCAUAAGAAAAAAAUCCACCAGUAAAGAUGUGAUACUUGAUAGCCAAGAUGGAAUUGUUCAUAUCCCAAGUGUUACCCGUGAUGAUGCUGGAAGCUAUGAGUGUGAAGCAGCAAAUGAAUUUGGGAGGAGGAAAAUGGCAGGAACAUUAAGCGUGGAAGCUCUUUCCUCAACUGCCAUAACAUUGACCAAUCAACCAGAAAAUGUUACUGAGGCAGAGGAUUUUGAUAUUAAGAGUGCAACCUAUAAUACGCCACAUCCAGAAUAUGAGAGUGACAUUCCGGAAAAGGAAGAUUCGCUUACACCAAAGACCAAAAAUUUCACAUUGUACAGAUUAUCAAAAAAUGAUACCAUCACAUAUGCAGCGGAGGUUCUUGGUGCUGUCACAAAUGGUACAGAAGAGAUUGAAAUUAUCAUAGUCAAAACAGAACAGGAUUAUGUGACACCUGUGAUCAUCGCAGUUUUUUCUUUAGCAACAGUAGCAGGCCCCAUGGCAGCAAUAUUGGUUUACAUUUCUAGGAAGGCAAAGAUUAAUGGAUCCUACAGUCUUGUAAGCUCACUGAAACCACAAGUAUAAAGAAAGAUCAAAGUGACUACAGAUUUUCGAGAAGCUCAACAAAAGGACAAUGAUGUUAUUGCUCUGAGCCUUCAGUGUCAUUCAGUGUGAGAUGCCUUGACUUCCUCUGCCUUGCAAAAUCAUGCACUUUAAUAAGAAUGUAGAUUUUUAAUUAAGGAAACUGAGUGGGAGGUGAUCCGUGGAUGAGAAGACUGGCGAUGAACAACAAGAGAAUCCUUUCCUAAUAAGCUGUCGGCAGAGAACUCCAGAGAGCAUUCAACAUUCUUACUGUAUAGUGUAUACAGAAAUUUUACAGAAUUUCCUGAACUUAUUUAUCAUAAAAUGCACAGAACUGAAAAUACAUUUCAGAACUUGCAAGAUGCCUGUGACUACUGUACAUAGGAAGUGUCUUCUAUGAGAACUGAAACAACAGUUGACAAAGUUCAGAAAAAAAGCAUGAUGUUUUAAAUUGUUAUGGAGUGUUUUUCUUUCGAAUAUGGAUGCAAUCCAGCCUAGAUGAACACACUAAAGUCCCAUUGGUUUCAGUCUGAGAGAUUAAGUAUGCACUCAGUUCCUCCACUGAGAUCAAUAGGUCUUUACAGUACAGAACAUUGGCCAUCUAUGUCCUAUUAAUAUGAGUUCAUAACAAGCUAUCUAUAUACAUAUCCAUUCUCUCCUUCAUUUGCAGUCCUAUAAUUAUAGUAUUUCCAGAAGUUAUGGCAAUAUGAGCUACAGUUCUCUAAGAAUUCUAGCCAGGAUUCUUUAGGGGAACCUACAACAAUUAAAACUGGUAUAAAACUGAUAAGUUUUACAGUGCAAUCCUGAGUAACUCUGCAUAGGAUUGCACUAUAAGUGUAGGUGUUUCCUAUUGUUUCUUUCUACAUAGGUGGCUAUAAAUAAAGCUGGAAUCCCUCUGAAAGUGGGAUUUACUUCUAAAUAAACACAUACUGUUGCACAGCAUGUAUACUAAAUGGAGCCAAUAUCACAGAAUUAGAGUUUAAGGACAGAUUAUGUCUUUAAAGUGUAAAACAAUUGAAUUAACUGUGGCCAAUUACUUUUGAAGUUUAUCCUGUAUUUUACAAAAUGGAAUUUACAUGUUCUAAAUGUGAAACUACCGUUUUGUCACCAUUCGAAGGAAUGUUCUCAUUUUUUAAAAAAAUAUGAUAACACUGUAUGUUCAUGUUUUUGGUACUUUUACUACUUGUACAAUAAUAUUUAAAUCUGUUAAAGUAUAAAAUUGUCUUCUGUGAUAGAGCAUACUGGUAUGUUGUUUUUCUUUCAUUUCCUGUAUAUUAAUUACAGAAUUGCCAACUCCCGGCUGGGAAAUUCAUGGAGAUCUGAGGCUGGAGCCUGGGGAGGGACCUCAGUGGGGUGUAAUGCCAUAGACUCCACCCUCCGAAGCAGCCAUUUUCUCCAGGGGAAGUGAUCUCUCUUGUCAAGGGAUCAACUGUAAUUUCAGAAUAUCUCCAGAUCCAUUUGGAG